CGGCGCCCCUUCUUGCGCUCGCCUUUAAACCUAGAGCGUCGUUCCCCAGGAAUCACGCGGUCCAAAAGCCACAAGAGAUUGUGCACUUAAUUUCAAAACAAUACCAAUCUUUCGCGCCUUUUUUUAACCUGCUGAAUGGUCUGCAUCACAUUUUGAAAUUUUCGACAUUUCGGACCAAGGCAUCAUCCGCCCUCUCACGGAUGAUUCCGAAACGGGACGCUUCCAAAAAUACCAAAAUGCUGGACAUACUUGUGUGAGUGUGUGUUGGUGUUAAGAAUUUAACGAAAAGUGCGCAUGUACACAUUUCCUCCUUCAGAAGCUGGAGUUUCGUGUUUUCUGAGCACGAUUCUGAAAGAGGUGCUACCUGGUGCUGUGUAAAUAGCCCUAAUACGGCCCGUUAUGGAUUCCCAGUCAAUGGGGGCAUUAUGCAGACCGAGGAAGUCGCGCCCCGUUCACAAUCCACGGGGCUAGACGGGUCCCUGACCGAUACUUUGCCCUUUCCACAUCCUCUACAUCAUACUCUCCCAGCACUUAUACACAUGGCUGUCAAACAGGAACCUCAGGAAGAGGAGGAACGAGGACGUGAAUCUCAUAACUUAGGAUCUCAAGCUGAAGUGCAAACAACACAAGUUUCUGGUGAUGUUACCCACGGCCACCUACUGCAAGGAAAUCAACAGGUGCAGGGACAAUCGCCUCAGGACAAUUUAAACAGAGGCAGCAGACCCAGUCGGGGACGCAGAAAGUCACGGUGGAAGCUUAAGUUUCACCACCAAGCAUUGCCUCCUGAGUAUCUGGACCAUUAUGAAGCAGCUCUUGCUCAAGAAGCACUAAAUGCUUCACCAACACCAGUUUCUGAAACAACACCACCUAGUCCAACUCCCACAACUUCCACAUCGACUCCAAGUCCGAUAGCUGAUGUCCACAGUUGGCUCCAGCGAAUCGCUGCCAUGCAGCAGGAGCUCUCUCCAGUUCCGACGAGUCCUCAACCCAAUCUCACUCCAUUCGCGAACCCGAGAAGAUCAGUCAUAACUUCAACUCCUACCCACCCCUAUGGUAAUCAGCAAUACUCUCAGCAACAAUCCCAACCGUCUCCAAGACCUCCUAUGAAGUACUCUGACUUACCUUACAUGGGGGAGAUUACCUUAGACAAUAGCAAACCCAGAAGAGGUCGGAAACCCAAAAAGGCUGACAUUUGUCACCUUAUCUACAAAAAUUAUGGUACGAUCCUUCCUGGAACACCAGGCCACGAGGAGAUAAAACCCAGGGAGAAACUAGAGAGGGAUCAACCUCAGAUUCCCUUUCAGCGAACUGAUAUCCAAAAUAGGAUCAGCAGCCUCCUAGAGAAAAGACUCACUCAGGAAUCUCGGCGGACUCUUGCCCUAGCCGAAUCUAUCAAGGAACAAGAAGAACCUUUAAAUCUCUGCGUUAGGGAUUUAAAUCAGUUGAAGAUUAGACUUUUGAGAAAGCACGGGAAUGUUUACGAGUCUGGUCAGCUAAAGAGCGAGGUGUCAAGUGACAACGAGGAGAUCGAAUGUCUAGGUGCCACGUAUACUGAUCCUAUGCGACAAGAGUCUGUCAAUAAUAACAAUAUCAAUAACAACAACGACAAUAUUAACAAUAACAAUGAUCCCUCGAGCCCUAAUCCUGGGUUUGUCUACUGGCCCAACGCCGGUGUUUUCAUCCAUCCAAUGGCCCUCCAGUCUCAGUUUCUUUACUACCAGAAAAUGGCGCAGAACGAGAAAAACUUCCCACGAAUGGAAACCUCGCCCAAAGAGCAGAAAAUCAUUCCCAAGUCCUUAUACUCGAUGCUGGAAUCAAACUGUCCCACGCCAGUGCCUCCAGCUCCUCCACCAUUAGUACCAGCCCCAGCACCUGUCUCGCCAAGACCGAAGAGAAAUGCCCCUGGCAAUCAACAGAGCCAACCGACAAAGCGUAAGCGGUCAGCCAUAUUCAUCCCGCCGAUGCCAACAGAGAACAACAAUAAUCCUGCGACUGAGGUCAGUAUAUGCAAGUUCAAGUUCACUGGAGGAGCCAAACCUAGUCUUCAGGAGAAGAAGAGCCUCUCCGUUGAUUCUGGAGGGAACUUUAGGUAUUAUAGUGGAACUGGUGAUAAAAGUAUGAGAGGUUACGAGUUUUUCCCUAGAGAAGCUCUCCAGCAGCCAGCUGGUCAGGCUGGAUCAUCUGCUGGAGCUUUCCUAAACGCAGCUGCCGAGAGGAUCCCUGUUGCUCCCUGUCAGAGGACUUUGGCUCAGGAUGAUGGCAGACGAAAAAGGAAGACCAGAAAGUCUCUUCAGAGGGAGAAGCUUGAGCAGACAUUCAAGGAAAAGGGGUUCCUGAUACAGACCCAGCAGCUGGAGUCAGCUGAGGGCGCCACUUACUGCAAGUUUCGUCAGCUGCGGAAGUUUACGAGGUACCUGUUCAGGAGUUGGAAGGACUACCUUCCAGGAAGUGUAACAGGAGGACCAGAUGGCGAAGUGCCGGAACCAGAUGGCGAGAGUGAUCCUUCAGCUAGUUCACCUAGUCCUCAUCCUAGUUUGGUGGACAUUCCACCAAAUCUUCUUGAGGAACCUCGGAUUCUGCCUCUUACGUAAGACUGGAAUUUUGCAUCUAGCAAAAUUAUCAAGGAAAGAUUGUACUUGUUAGGAUCGACUAGAAACGUACAAAUUUUAAAGUGGACAUCUGAAAUACGAGAUUCUUGCAGCCUAUUUCUGGACUUUUUCUUCCUCUUCUUUUCCUUUUCUCCUAUCUUCAUCCAACCUGCCAUCCUUAUCUUAUUUUUUGCCUCUUCUUUGACUCUUUCCGCUGAUCGAGUUGCCCUUUUUCCAGUCCCUGAUCUCAUUUUCUUCUUUUUUGGCUUCUUACCUUGACGUCCUUCGCUUUAAUCCCAUCGACCAUCUCAUAUAUUUCUUAUGUAUCACUUCUACUUUUUCUGUUCCUUCCAGUCCUACAACUCCGCCCUGUACAUCAAUAUACUUUCCGCUCGAAGUCCUCUUUAAAUCUUUAUGUGGAACUUUUUUAAUGUUUUACAUAAGUGACGUCAUUACUUGUUAUUUUGUCUGCAAGAAUCUGCGUUCUGGUAUAGCUGUCCGCGUUUCAGAGAAUUUCCACACUCGUUGAAAAAACGACCGGAAAUGACUGGUGUCAUAAUAAUCAUUGCAAUUUCUCGUGUCUUGAUUACGCUUCGCUUCGCUGUGAGUUUCUCCAAGCAAUGUGGAAUACGUUCACGAAGGAAUGACUGGAUUUUUUAAAGUGCUGUUUUUAAGAGAUAGGACUCAUAUUCAAUUGUAAGUUAGAGUACUGUCUUUUCAAAUUUAAAACUUGAAGUUCUGUUAGAAGGAUAAUAAAAUCAAAUAGAGUGAUGUAGGUACAGAUGCUUGAUUUAAUGCAGCAAGUCGACUGAUUGAGUUACCAGUCGCGAGUGAUCAUUGUUCUAUGAAUGAGUGCAAGUGAGCUGCGAAUGGAUUCUGUGAUACGUGCAAACGUUUGGCAACUCGUAUUCAGCUUUAUUUGUGUUGGGAAGGGUAUCAUGCGAGCGAUAAUUGCUCAAUCUACCAUAUUAUAAGCAACUUUCCGUUGAAUGUAUGGUAUCUCAAUCAAAUGUCUAUCGGUUCUGCAAUCAGUAUCAAGAGAGUUAUUUUUUAAAUGUAUCAAGACUAUAUCUAAAAAAAUUUCUAUUCGCAGCAAAAAAUGGCAGUAUCUAAGAGACCGAUUAAAAACAAGUGCCAAUGGAAUUCCAAUAAGUUGUGAAUAAAGUCCCAUUAAAUUACAGGUAUGGGACAAACCAUUCGUAAAGUAACAAUUUUUAAAAAGGCCCAAUAGGGACAAAAGUAGCAUUUACAUUCCAUAUUGUAUUUUUGAAAUACUUUUCAACAAGUGAUCGUACGACUCUUUUAUCCAAAAGUCAUGUUUCAGAAGGACUUUUUAAGUACACAAGUUCCAGAAAAGUCCCACCCAACUUAAAUUUAAUAGGAUUUCGAUCAACAAAUUGGGAUGUUUUGGGUUUCAAUUUUAUGAAAAACUUUGAAUCUGUCUGAAGAAUCGUGAACAUUGCAGUUCACUUCUUUGGCGCUAAUCUUAAAAAAAAUUGCAGGAUUUUUCUUAAGAAUUCUCCAAAAAAAAUCUAAAAUAUUUGUUGGCGAUUUUGAACCAAUCUAUUUAGAUUAUUAUUACACUUUCUAAAUAGGAAAAGAAGCAAUCCAAAGAUUUGUAAUGCAUAGCUAAAACAAAUCGAGGUAAACUUAUUUGAACCCAAUUAAAAUAAAUCUAUAUUCGUAAACAAACCCUGCAGAUUAGAACUACCUCACUUUUCGGCUCAUUGGAGAAAAAAAUUAAGCACAAUUGAAAAAAAGGAGAAAAAGUCAAAUAAAACCAACCUCUUACUUUUUAAUUUCUCCGUUUUUUAGAAUACUAGGGAACCAAUAUCUAUCGGACCAAUCCCGCUCAUCAGGGAAUAUUUAUAGAAAAAAUCCAAGAUCUGACUAACAAAUUCUUGUGCUAGUAGAAAAUCAAACGUAAUACCUGCAAUUAAAAAUAGAUAUACACAUAUAUACAUAUCCAUCUUUAAAAAAGGUAAUUUUCAUCUAAUUUGGCAUUAAUUAGUAUAAAAAGUGAUGAAGAUAUAAAAAUAUUACUUUAUAAUAAGAAUGAAAAGCAAUCAUUUUAACCAAAAAGACAAACUUUUUGCUGAUCACAAGAUUUAUUUGUGUUAAUUAAAGAAAUAGCCUGAUAUUUAUAACAGAUUCUCGCAAAUUAUCAAUGAUAAUUUCUAAUUUUAAUUAAUUUCCUUAAGAAAUAAUAAUAUUUGUAAUUCGAUCUUUUCCAAAAAUUAUUUAUAAUUAAAAAAUUAUGAUGAUCAAAUUUCUGUGUAUGGAUGUAUAUAUUAUAAUCCAAUAUUUUUUACACAGUGUAUCACGAUUCUAAUUAAAAUUAUGUUCAAAAUCAGAAAGAAAGUCUCCCAAAUUAAGAAGUUUUAUUUUAAUAUAUAUUAAAAAAUUAAAAGUUAAUAUAUUAGAAAGAUAAUCAUUCACAACAAUUUCUCAAAAGGAAGAGAAAAGGACAUUCUGGUGAAUAUUGUUGAAUUAAUUUUAUUUUUGUAUAAAAAAGAAAAUAACAAUAUAGAAAAAUACUUCUAUUAAUGAGACCUUGUAGUUUUUCUACAAAUAAUAAGUUAUAAGACAGUUUAAAUUGGCCUCUAAGCAUGUUAAUUCCCUAGUAGUAUAAAGAAGACGGAGAAAGGAAAAAGUAAGAGGUUGGUUUUGGUUGACUUUUUCCUCUUUACUGCCCUUCCUUUAAAUGUUUGUUUUAUGUCUCCAAUGAGCCGAAAAGUUAGGUAGUUCGGAAAUUUAGUUUUUAAUUGUGAAUAUUUGUAUGCUCCUUUUGCAGAAAAUUAUUCAUGAAAAAAUUGAUUUCUUUUCGAUUUUAAAUUAAAAUAUAAAGGUUUUUGUGUACUUGAGUUGUACGUCAGCCAUGUUAUUUAAGGAACUCCUAUAAGAACUUAGAAAAAAAAAUGAAAAAAUAAUAUAAUAAUUUUCUAGUACUUUUAUCCCUAUUUGGACCUAUAAACAAUUUUAAGAAAAACUGACACUUUACUACCCAAAUUGGAUACCGAUGGGACUUAUUCGAAUAGAACUCAAUAUAAAUUUGAAUAAACUCUUAUUUUAAAUAAGCUAUUUUCCUGAAGAAUGAAUAGAUUUAGAUUUAUGAUGAAAUAAUCAGGUACUGGCAAUAUCUUGAUUUGCAAAGAAAAUAGGUGAGCAUUGUACCCACUCGAAGAUAAUUAAUAAGAUUGAAGAACUUGUGAGUCUAUAAUACGCAAUCGCGCAAAUGAUAUGGGGCUACUAAUUAGGUUUUAGUGCAUUUAACAUACCAGGAUCACCUCGCACACAUAGAUAUAAUAAACGUGAGUGUAGUCCAAGAAUCCGUGUCCUUGUCAUCGAUUAAAUAAUGAUCCUGUAAAUUUGAAUACACAGCUUUGUGCCAAAGAUGGGAGACUGGAAUGUAAAUAGGUGUAAUAUGAAGCGCGAGAAUGUGUUCACCAAAGAGUGGUUGUUGUCGGUUGAUUUCUAUUCAACGAAUUCAAAAUAGAAAUUAAAAUUGAUAUUAAAAUAAAAAUAAAAAUUAAAAUAUAUAUUCAAAUUAAAAUUAAAAUUAGGAUUGAGACUUGGAACCGAGGAGACUUGAAUACUGGAAAGUAGGAUCAGUGCGUUUGGGUGAAGGAGAGUGAUAAAGUGUUGUUAUCAAUAUUUUUGUAAACGUUAUAUUAUUAAUAACGGAAUCUAACGAAGUCUAGUCUUAUUUAUACUCUCGUUACAUCGGAGACUUUAGUUAAAAUGGUUACGACAAAAUAUUCAAAUUUCGUGCUAAGUUGUAAUGUGCCAUUUCAUGCUUACAAUGUCAAAAUGUUUGUAAAGCAAGAAGCCGUCCGAGUACUCGUAUUUUUCACGCUACUAUCCACUUUUAUGAAUCAUCUCGCACGAAUGCUCAUUGUACAGAGAGAUCAUUCUUUAUAUAGCUUUUAAUGAAAAAAUGUACUGUUAUAUUAAAUA